CGUAGUCAGAACUCAAUCCUCGACAGAGUAGACUGGUGUGUUCUAUGCCGGCUCAGUCUCAAUUUAUAUAAUCAGUCGUCCGGCUGAAAGCCCCUCGAGCGGACCACUUUUGUUGUACUUAGAGCCGGGUAUAUAUUUUCUUUUGUAAGCAAUGGACAAAAUGCCCGAAGAGGACGAGGUCUCCCCGGUGUCCACGGCUCCUGCGACGCCCACCUCUCCGCUGGAGUUUAAGAUGCUGCCGCUGUUUAUGGAUUUCGAGGAUUUUAAUAUUUGCCAGCCAGCCCCUUUUUCCUACGACGACAAGGCCAUGCUGGAGCUGGAGCGGUGUGACUACACCCAGAGGAUCACCUAUCAGAUGGCCAGAGCCGGAAAGACGUCGCGUAGGGUGCGGGUGUAUUCCGAUGGCAUCUACGAUCUGUUCCACCAGGGUCAUGCCCGCCAGCUGAUGCAGGCGAAGAACAUAUUUCCAAACGUCUAUCUCAUCGUGGGCGUGUGCAAUGAUGAGCUGACCCUCAGGAUGAAGGGCCGCACGGUGAUGAACGGAUUCGAGCGGUACGAGGCGGUGCGCCAUUGUCGCUAUGUGGAUGAGAUCGUUCCCAAUGCUCCUUGGUCGAUAAAUGAAGAGUACCUCAACGAGCACAAGAUCGAUUUCGUGGCUCACGAUGACUUGCCCUACGGCGCUGGUGGAGUCAAUGACAUCUAUGCUCCUCUCAAGGCGAAGGGAAUGUUCGUGGUCACGGAGAGAACAGAGGGUGUGUCCACCUCGGACAUUGUGGCCCGGAUAGUGAAGGACUACGAUGUGUAUGUGCGCAGGAAUCUGGCCAGAGGCUACUCGGCCAAGGAGCUGAACGUGUCCUUUCUCUCCGAGAAGAAGUUCCGCUUGCAGAACAAGAUGGACGAGCUAAAGACACGGGGCAAGCGGGAGCUAACCAAAGUCAAGGUGGACAUCAUUACAAAGUGGGAGGAAAAGUCACGCGAGUUCAUUGAUGCCUUCCUGCUGCUGUUUGGAAGGGAGCGGCUGAACAACCUGUGGAACGAGUCCAAGGGCCGGAUCAUCCAGGCCCUUAGCCCGCCGGGCAGUCCAAAUGGCUCCAUCAACGGUGACGAUGCGGACCCAACCGAUGGAGAAGGGUCCGAGGACGAGUACAUGGAGCUGCCGCCCGAAUACGGAGCGGGAAGUGGGGGCUCCCUUAACAGAAAACAUAAGCGCCGCGGCCAGAUGAACCCUUCCCCAAGUGCCAACGACGAGGCGGUAGCGGAAGAUUUAGAUCUCGAGUACGAGCGACGCAGCGAUUGACGACGGAUUUGGCCGGCCUUUAAAUUUCCUCUUCCUCUUCCUCUAUCCUUUCAAAUGUAAAUUAAUUCGUUUGUAAUUCGUUGUAACAACGCAAUACUGGCACGUCAUUUCUACACUUCCAUUGGGAGCUACGAAAAGAGCAGUCAGGGGUCAAUUGAAUGUCAUUCAACACACAAUUACCAGUUUAAAAUACAUUUAUAACACUACGGUUUGACAAAGGAAAAAUAGUAACAUUUGAUAUUUUACUUGCUGCCUUUAUUGUAUCGAUUAUGCUUAUGAGUAAUGUGAAUAUAAGUUGGGUUAAAUUAUAGAUUAGCUGAAUGAUUUUUCAAAUCCUGAAUGAAAUAACAAUCGCGUGUUUGUUAUUUGAAAUAACGUUGAAAUAUUCUCAUAAUUAAA